AUUUGCUUUGGGUCUCGACGGGGGGUUUAAUCGAAGGAGCCGGAGAACACAGAAGAGGGGCUGUCUGUCCCAGCCACAGAACAGGAGUUAAAUAGGACACAGAGAAAGCCUGUUGGCUGGGAGUUGAAGUCAAGGAGGGAGAGAGAAGAGACUGCAUUUGGACAGUGCCCAGGGAGUCGGGUGGAAGCAGCUGCAGGCAAAGCCCCUCCAGGAUCUGACAGGUAGGGCACCCAGAUCGCUCCUUCGUCCUGUGAGAACGUGUGCCAGGCUGGCAGGAGGACGGGAAGCCACGCUAUAGAAAACAGUGACCAUAAUGCUGCCUGGGAGCCUUGGCCACUGGUGGAGGAACAAGUUUUCCAUGAGGUGGCAACAGACUUGCUUGCUUGCCUGUUGGCUCUCUCUGUGUGCAGCAGACUCUCUCUUCACUUGCCCUUCUUCCUGCCAGUGUAACAGCGGCAGCCUGGAAGUGGACUGUAGCGGCUUGGGCCUCUCGUCCAUCCCCUCAGACAUUCCUACAAACACCAGAAUCUUCCUCUUCCUCAACAACAAGCUAAGCACCUUGCCAGGACCAGUCUUUUCCAAUCUCUCUGCCCUUCAGAGGCUGGACCUUUCCAACAACUUCUUGGACCAGCUGCCUCAGAACAUCUUCAGUGACCUAGGGAAUCUCACUGAACUACAGCUGAGGAACAACAGUAUCAGGACCCUGGACAAGGACCUUCUGCAGCACAUGGCCCUUUUGCGCCAGCUGGACCUAUCCAUCAACGGCCUCGCUCAGAUACCCUCAGGAAUCUUUGAUGACCUCCCAGCUCUUCGUUUGCUUUCCCUCAGGUCUAAUCGCCUACACAGUCUAGACAGGGUGACCUUUGAACCAUUAGUCAGCCUGCAGCAGCUCCAAGUUGGAGAUAACCCCUGGGAAUGUGACUGCAACCUGAGAGAAUUCAAACACUGGAUGGAAUGGUUCUCUUAUCGAGGAGGGAAGAUUGACCAGUUGGCGUGUACGCUGCCUAAGGAGCUGAAGGGGAAGGACAUGCGAAUGGUCCCCAUGGAGAUGUUCAACUACUGUUCCCAGCUGGAGGAUGAGAAUGGCUCUGUGGUGCUGGACAAUUCUGGCCCACCAUGUACUAAAGGAAGCCCAACUCCUUCAAAAUCCAAAUCAGGUCCAGAACCAGAAGUGGAGCCAAGCGUGGGGUGCCCUCAGAAACAGAAAUACCGGCCUGUUAGUGUGCGCAGAGCCAUUGGCACAGUGAUCAUUGCUGGAGUGGUGUGUGGCAUCGUGUGUAUCAUGAUGGUGGUGGCAGCAGCUUAUGGCUGUAUCUACGCGUCCCUUAUGGCCAAGUACCACCGAGAGCUGAAGAAGAGGCAGCCACUAAUGGGUGACACAGAGGGUGAACACGAAGAACAAAAGCAAAUCUCCUCUGUGGCAUGAAACUCUUCUUGGAAGUCAAGGGCAGAAGUGAGCAGGAUACCUAAGAGCCGUGAGGCCUGGGUCCUCCCACAAUCCAUCUCCCCAGACAGAUGGACAGACUGUGCUGUCACUCCACUCAUCCAAUUAGUGCAACAUGCUUCUGGGCUUAGGACAUCUGGCUCUAAAUUUUGAAUCCGGCCCUUUGGCUCCUCCUCAUCCUCACACCCUCCCAAGUGAAUAAACUAUAGUCAGACCUCAAGCGCUUGCCAUGCCUCAUUCUUACACACAGCCCUCCCUCCCCUCUUGGAUAUGCACAGUAAAGGCAGCCAGCACUUUCCAGGAGCCUCUGGUCCCUUGACACCCUCCUCUCAGCUUCAGUCCCCAGUUCCUUCUUCAUCCCACACAGCACUGGAGAGCCGUCCGCAAUCACAAAGAGCAGCCACCUAUGCUGAAGAAGCUCCUUGUAUAAUGAGCAAGACACUAGAGCAAGUGUCUAAGUCUCACUGGUGGAGUCAUUGGUGUUGCAGGACAGCAAGCUACUCCCCAUCUCCUGUACAGUGAAGGAAAACCUGGUCAAGAGAAUACUGGGAGAGACAAAAGGGCCUAGAUGGUCACAAAAGGGAGAAAAGGGAGCUUCCCCUUCUCACUUUGAACUCUGGAUAGACACAUCUAACCUAAGAUCUGUGCAUAUACCGACUUCAGUUACUCAUCCUGACAAACACUUAUCCAUACCUUCAAGGCCCACACAUUUAUUGCCCGUAUGCACAUGUGAAUAGCUAUGCACAGUCACAUGGAUCUCCCCAAAGCACACAAGGCAAUCCUUCACAUGUGCAUACAAUUGUAGCCUCACACAUACAUUUACUCACUUACAUACUGACGCAAACAUUCCUACUUGUGGAACACCUAAGGGUGUGCUAGGCACCUCCCAGUACUGACAACUACCCCUGAGGGGCUUACGAAGAUAUUUCAGGGAUGGUGCAAAGACACGGGGGUGGGGGAGGAGAAACAACAUCCUUAAGUUGCCAGUGUUACUCAGUGAAGGCUUGUGCACAGCAUGGAAAGGCAAAAUGAGGCUCUGUAUUCAUGCUAUGGUUUUAUAAGAUAAACAGAAUAGGUGCCUAAAGAGAAGACUCAGUCUGCAUGUGUCCUAAAGACAUUGUGGCUGAAGCGGUUACUCAGGAGGGAUUGAAAAGAAGAGCUCGCUGACCAGCUUGCAUUCCAUGUGUAGGGGCAGUGUGGCAAACAGCCUGGAGGCGGUUGUGGGAGAAGCAGCUAAAUAAGAUGACAGUUGGCAUCGUUGGCAGAGUGGUGUGGGUGUGUGGUAGGAAGGCAAUGCGAUAAGUAGAGAGGGACAGAGCUAUUUACGUGGGGCCUUGAAGGUGAGAACAGAAAGCUGGAACUUGAUGCAAUAGAGAAGAGGGAGCUAAUACAGGGAUUCAAAGAGGUAGGUGCCAUGGUCAUCACAUCAGUAUAUAUACACACUCCACUGAGACAAUCGCAAUCACUCACACACACCUCCUACCUCGUACAAAUAUAAGACUACACACACGCACACACUGACUAACAUGCAAACAAACACAUGUAUGUGUUCACUGCCAUACACACACACGCAUGCACAUGCACAUACACAGUGCACGCACUGCAUUUGUCACCCAGGCUAACUUUUCCCAGGACUGAUUUUGAAACCCGCUGAGCCUUCAUAUUAUUCUCAUCAAUUCUGAAACUGACAACAACAACAAAAAAACCAACGCAAGGACUCAUUUUGUAUUAUUGGAAGUGGGAUAAAGUGCUGUCUCCAGGGGAGAGUGCACAUUGCCAUGACAACCUGUUCUAACCCAUCACAGUGGGUAUUCCCGGGACAGGAAGAGGACACCAGAGGUCGUGUAGCCGCAAUGUUUGUGGCUGGUGUGAUCCUCGCCACCCUGAAAUGAUCUGGCACCCAGCCCAGAUUUGCAGAGUAUUUCUCUGCUAAAUCAGGUUUAGAGCCCAACAGUCCCUGCAGCGGGGCACAGCCAGGUCAUAUCAACGCCGUCCCUGUCCUAUAGUAUCCUGAUGCCUUCAGAUGAUCUUCAGCCCUUCUCUUUAGCUGCUGCUGGAUUCCAGUGGAAACACCACACAUUCCCUCUCAACCCCUUCAUUGUCAGUCUGGCUGUCAUAUCAGCAAACACUACCAAGUACUCUGACAGCUGUAGACACAAAAUCCUCCAGCUGAUCCAGAGCCACCAGAUCCAAAGAGCUGGGAUAAGCCCGGACUAUUUCCCAUUUGUCCAGUGAUAGCAGGGACAGAGGAGAACGUUCUGCAUGAAGAGAAAGAGAGGCUGCAGUGCAGGAGGGAGUGGGAGAGAGACAUUCCAUAAACAUGCUCUGCAUGUGAGAAGGUGAGGGGAAAUGCCAUGAGUGGAGAACGGACUUUCCCUUUCAAUCCACUGAUUACGCUUCAGCUGUAGCCUGCUCUGAGGGGCAGAACCGGUGCCCUAAAGACUCCUCCUGCCAGUGUGCAUGUUGCUGCUGCUCCAUAUUCCCAGCAAGCUAGGAGUCAGCUCUGCCUGCUGGAUCCAGACUCCUCACCCCCAGGGACUCCUCACCAGACCACUCUGGACUCUGCAAUCAUACUUGAAAUGGGACUUGAGUCAGAGCUGCAUCUUUAGCUAUCUCUAUUUUACUUGUAACAAAUAACGAUGAAACAAGUGGACAAAGAAAAGGGGUGUGCGUGAGUGUGUGUGUGUGUUAGGAGUGGAAUAAGGGUUGAGGGAGAGAAGAAAAAUCCCCACCUGCUCCCCACACCGCGCCCAACAAAGUUUCCUUUGUUGCUGAUAACAUUUUCUGUUAAGUUGUGGGUUUGAUUGUGGCCUUGUACUUCAUUUCCUCUUGUUUCUCCAUGGUAUGGAAAAGGGUCUGGCAAAAAGCAGGCUGGGUUCACCUUGGCCCUGCUACAGGGACUCCCUAGUUUAGGAACCCACACAAGAAUGGAGGAGGAAGGUGAGGGGAGAAAACAGAAGGUUGCUGUGAAAAGUGAGGGGUGUACACUGCUUGGUCCCAAUGAACUGCAAAUACCUGGGAGGACAAUGGGCUGCGGAAAUGCAAGGGUGGUGACCGUUUCCAUGCUGAACAGUGCAUCACGGCUAACCGGGAAGGGCCCUACAUACACUCCAGCUUGGGAACAGGCUUUUUUAACUGUGACCAGGUACGUCUGCAAAACUUGCUCUUCUUGGGCAGCUAGGAAGUGGCCUUCUUCAUUGCUGCCAGGCACAUCUGGGGAACACGGCCCUCCGGUGUAGCUAGAAAACAGGCUCUCUCAAUGGAGGAGUGCAUGUCUGGCUCUCAGCUUGGCACCGCCGUGCUAGUGUGCUCAGGAAAAGGCCUCAUCUGGUGUACAUCUGGGAACUGGCUUCUCCUCCACAGCUAGUCACAGCUAGGAGAUGGGCUUCCCUUUGGAAAUGGUGAUAAACAUGCCCCUCCUGUGCAGGCAAGCAUGGUAGUGCAGAUCAGUCAAUUCCCCAGUGCAUGUGGGUAGACUCUAACUGUGCUCCCCAUCAGCAAGCAGGCGCACCCAGGAACACCCAUUGCCUGUGGAGAACAGACGGCCUGGGCAAUUUAUUUUCUUCUGUUAAAGUCUGAGGGCGAGUGAUAUGGUUUUCUAAAAUGGUUGAACUAAGGUUUCUUUGGCACAAGACAGAAGAUUUUUAAAGGUAUAUUAUAUUUCUGGCUUGUUGUUACAGAAGACUAAUAAAGAAUGUAUUUUCCUAUGCACCACACUGUUUCAAUUAGAUCUCUAGCAUCAACA